AUGGCAACAUCAACUCAGGUCGAAAGAAGGUCUCGUGCCGUUACAGCACAACCAGAAGAAACAGUACUAACUGGAUUUCCUUACAGACCCCAUAGGUCUCUGCUGGAUUUCUUGAGGGGAGAGCCACAAGUCCUGGGAACUGUCCAGAUCCUGCUCGGGCUGAUCAUUGCAGGCCUCGGAAGUAUAAUUCUAUUUAACUUUAUCACAUUCUCCCAAAGAUUUCCUCUCGUGUUCCUCUCAGGAUAUCCAUUCUGGGGAGCACUCACUUUUCUUCUGGCGGGAUACUUCACAGGAACUAAGGAGAAACCCCAAAAAUGCCUGAGACAAUGUGUCACGUCCAUGAAUGUCAUCAGUUCCUUGGUCGCCAUCGCUGGAAUCACGCUCACGAUGAUCAGCUAUAAAGAUGAACACAGGUUCUGCCAGGUGCCUUCGCUUGAAGGAGUAUGUGUUGUAGGCAGAACACUGAUAAAUGGAAUCCUGUCAGUCAUACUGAUUGCCAGCAUAGCAGAGCUCAGCAUCUCUAUAACCAUCAUAACUUUGAGAAACAAGUGUUGGACAAAGUCACGUAAGAUUGUGUUUUUCUUGCCUUCUGAUACAACUGAAGAUAAUGAAAAACCUGCCCCGGGAGCAAACGCUCAGAUACGGUUUGAGCUGCAAGAAUCUUCCCCUAACGACAGAACAACAAACACCAAUGCUUUUUCCUUUGGAGGAUACACUUUCUUCAGGUUAAGAGUCUCAGGAAGGCCACAAUCACAGGAAAUUUCCACAGAUGAGCAAUUUCUAAAUGUGCUAUACCAAGACAUUAGAUCAGAAGUCAUGCUGCAGACCCAUGUAUGGGAAGUUGACCUCCAUGCUAAGAAAUACUCGAGGCGAAAUUCCAUUGUAAAACAAACAAAAAGCUAUCACUCCCCCAGGCGGGAGUCUGUAGACCAGGAAAGCCAAGGUCAGAAAUCUCCAAGGCGGGAGUCUGUAGACCAGGAAAGCCAAGGUCAGAAAUCUCCAAGGCGGAAGUCUAUAGACCAACAAAUCAGAGACUGGAUAUUCGCAAAGCGCAAAUCCAUAGAUUCAUAUGAAAACAGGCAACCCCCAAGGAAGCAAUCCUCAAAUUUGCAAGAUCAACAACGAGCUGAAGGCCAGCAGGGCCAAGAGGAGCAGUUCCUAAAGGAUCAGUCUCACAGAGGUCAAGGUGAAACUCAGCAGCCCCCAAAGAGACAAGAUAAACACCAGCAGACUGAUAAGGAAGAAGCUCCAAGCCUAAAACCUGAAGCUAAAGCAAAGAAAGCUCAGUCAAAGAAAGACUCGAUGGACCAAGAUUGGAAAUUACAAAUCCGUGAAUCCCAAGACUGGAUAUCUCAAGGCUGGAGAAACAAAGACUGGAAAGCAAAAGAGUGGACUUUUGAAAAGCAGAAUACCCUAAAUUGGCAAGCUCAAAAUUUACAAGAGCAAGAAGCCCUAAGGCAGAGAGCUUUAUACCAAGACACCCACAGCAAGCGCACCGAAACCAGAUUGAACCUAGAUCAAGAAUUACUAGAAGGCCAAAUUCAAGACAUUCAGGGUCAAAAUAAACUCCAACAAGAUCUGCAGGCCAAAGCUACCCAAACAGAAGAUACGCAACCAGGUAGCAUGAAAACAAAGGUCAUCAAGCCAGGGUACAUGAAACCUAACGAUAAAAAACCAAAGGACUCCCAACCUGAGGUGAGAGCAAAUGACCCUUCUUCCCCCUGCCAAGACACAGAAGAAGACCCAUAUUACGCCUAUUUAUCCAGUGUAAGUUUAGAGCAAUAUGUGGAACGAGACACUUCAGUGUGUUCAGCUUUAUACAAAGAAGAUAUGGAUUUAGCUUCUACCUCGUGUUAUCAAAAAGAUCAGCCAUCGGAAGACUCUGACUAA